AUGGCAAAUAAUUAUUUCGGAUACUCUCUGGAUUUCUAUAAUGAGCAGAAGGGAAUGCCUGUUCUCGUCGUAGGCGCUCCAGAAGCCGAAACCACGAACCCGAAUCUCGCCGGAAUCCGACGUCCUGGAGCAGUUUAUGCUUGUUCUGUGAACCGCCCGACUUGUCGUGAAGUCCACGUGGACAAAAUGAAGGGAAAUUUGAAAAAGUUAAAUGGAAGUCACUUGGUUCCGAUUGAAGAUAAGGCUUAUCAAUUCUUCGGAGCAACUGUGAAAUCUAAUGACAAGCAUGACAAACUUUUGAUGUGUGCCCCAAAAUACAAGUAUUUCUACUCAAAAUUCGAAGUAAUUGAACCAGUUGGAACAUGUUUUUAUGCUGAAAACGGAUUCGAUAAGACCGAAGAAUUCUCUUCAUGCAAACAAGAACCCGCCCGUCACGGUCGCCAUCGUCUUGGUUACGGUCAGUGCGGAUUCUCCGGAGCAAUUCCUGGAAAGAAAAACCAAGAUCGUGUAUUCCUGGGAGCUCCCGGAGUCUGGUAUUGGCAAGGAGCAAUCUUCUCUCAGAGCACGAAAAAUCAAACUGACCGCCCGAAUACCGAGUACGGUAGCAAGGAAUACGAUCACGAUAUGAUGGGAUAUUCGACAGCGACUGGAGAUUUUGAUGGUGAUGGAAUCGAUGAUAUUGUUGCUGGAGUGCCACGUGGAAAUGAUCUGCAUGGAAAGCUGGUUUUGUACACAUCGAAACUGAAGAUGAUGAUAAAUUUGACUGAUGAAGUGUCGACUCAACACGGACAAUAUUGUGGUGGAGCUGUUGCAGUGGCUGAUGUUAACAAGGAUGGAAAAGACGAUAUUAUUAUGGGAUGCCCAUUCUACACUGACUACGGAAGUGUGAAAGAUGCAAAGACUCAAGAGAGAAAACCACAAUACGAUGUUGGAAAAGUGAUUGUCUUCCUUCAAACAGCUCCAGGAGUAUUCGGAAAACAAAUCGCCAUCGUCGGAGAUGAUCAAUGGGGACGAUUUGGACACUCGUUGGCGGCUGCUGGAGAUUUGAAUUUGGAUGGAUACAAUGACGUUAUCGUUGGUGCUCCAUACGCCGGAAAGAACAAACAAGGAGCCGUCUACGUGAUUCAUGGAUCAAAAGACGGUGUCCGUGAGAAGCCAACUCAAAAGAUCGAGGCCUCUCAAAUCGGACACGGAACCGCCCGUGCAUUCGGGUUCUCAGUCGCCGGAGGAGUUGAUGUUGAUGGAAAUGGAAUGCCGGAUAUUGCUGUCGGAGCAUGGAAAUCUGGAAAUGCAGCUGUUCUCUUGACUAAACCAGUCGUCACAGUAACCGGAGCAACUGAACCAGAAAGUGCUCUCAUCAAUGUGGAAGAGAAGAACUGUGAUGUGGAUGGAAAGUUGGGAAAACAAGCAUGUAGACACAUCAAUACUUGCUUCAAAUAUGAAGGAAAAGGAGACACUCCGAAUGAUUUGGAAUUCGAUUUGAGCUUCAGUCUGGAUGAUCAUUCACCAGAACCGAGAGCUUAUUUCUUGCAAAAGGAUGUGAAGGGAGACAGAAGCAUCAAAGUGGCAUCUGGAUCCAAGACAAGAGACCAUCCAUCUUCCAUCGAACAACGUGUCAGACUCGAGAAGGGAAGACAAAAGUGUUUCAGACAUCGAUUCUUCGCUUCUUCGACAAUGAAAGACAAGCUCUCCCCAAUCCAUUGGUCCGUCAACUACACUUACGUCGAGUCGAAAUCCGGAAAACUUCGUGGAGACAAACUUGAGCCAGCCAUCGACACAACAGUCCCACUUUCAUUCCAAAACAAAAUCAACAUUGCCAAUAACUGUGGAAAAGAUGAUCUCUGUGUUCCAGAUCUCAAAGUCACUGCUGUUGCUGACCGUGAGAAAUUCCUUCUCGGGACCCAAGACAACACGAUGCUUAUCAAUGUGACUGUCCAAAAUGGAGGAGAAGAUUCUUACGAGACGAAACUCUACUUCGAUGUGCCACAAGGAUUCGAGUACGGUGGAAUCGAGAGUGUCGGAACCGAUGGAACUGCUGGAUCUGCUCCAGCCUGUUCUCCAACAUCAGAUGAACCAGAUUCCGAUGGAAAAUGGACGUUCGCUUGUGACCUCGGAAAUCCUCUUCCAGCCAACAAAGUGGUCAGCAGUGUGGUGAGAGUAACUGCUUCAUCCGAUAAGCCACCACUUGCUCCAAUCAGUAUAAAUGCUCAUGUGAACAGUAGUAACGACGAAGAAGCUCACACACAAGCUGACAACAAAGUGACAUUCACAAUUCCAGUUGAUUUCAAGAACCAAUUGAGUUUGAAUGGUAGAUCAAACCCAGAACAAGUCGAUUUCUCGAUGACGAACAAAACAAGACCAGAUGUGUUCGAUGAUAAUGAGAUCGGACCAGUUGUCUCUCAUCUCUAUCAGAUUUCAAACCGCGGACCAUCUGAAAUCGACGCCGCCACUCUUGACAUAUUCUGGCCGUCAUUCUCAACAGAAGGGGGACAUCUCUUGUAUAUUAUCACUGAACCAGUUGUGAAUCCACCGAAUAAGGGAAGAUGUCGUGUCAAGCAAUUGCAGAAUGUCAAUCCACUCAACUUGAGGAUAACCAACGAGCACGUUCCAACGGAGCCACCAGUAGCCAAGACCCCAAAUGAGUAUUCUCGAGAAGAAGACGACGAAUCAUACGAAGAUACAACUCAACCACAACGAACAACAUCCCAUCGACCAUCUCAACAUCAGACUCAUCAACAGGGACAAGUUCAUGUAUAUGAGAGAGAUGAAGAGAAAAUUCGACAGAAUACUGGAAAUUGGCAAUACGUGGAAGAUAAGAAGAAGAAGGGAGAUUACGAGUACAUUCCAGAUGAACAAGAGUAUGAUGGGCCUGAAUUUGAAGAUGAUGAAGAUGAGGACUUUGAUAGAGCUGGAAGUAAGAGAGUGAAGAGAUCUCCAGUUCCAAAGAAGAAGAAGAAGGAAGGAGCAAGAAGUGGAGAGCCGAGAAGUGACAAAGCAAGAUUCUCAGAUCUUCGUGAAGCUGUCAAACUAUCAAAGGAAGCCGGAGGAGUCGUUGAUUACAAGGGACCACUCUCGAGAGCAUCAGUUGAUUGCAACGGACUCAGAUGUACUCAUAUCGAAUGCGACAUUUAUGAUUUGAAAGAAGACGAAUUUGUGUUGGUUGAGAUAUUCUCUCGUCUCUACACGAAUACAUUGGUUGAUGAGAGGAAUCCAGGUGGAGACAUCUCUUCUCUUGCACUUGCUCGUGUCACCUCAACUAAAUACAAUCUUCCACAUAAGCCGACACUCAUCACUGCUGUUUCGACGAAUAUGAAUGCAAUCGCAUCAGAAGAAGGAAGAGAUCUCCCGUGGUGGUUGUAUCUUUUGGCUAUUCUCAUCGGAUUGGCUAUCCUUAUUCUGUUGAUUUUGUUGCUCUGGAGGUGUGGUUUCUUCAAACGUAAUCGUCCACCAACCGAACAUGCCGAACGUCGUGUUGACAGUCAACCAGCUGCUCACUAUGCAGAUACUCAGGCACGUUACGCAUCACAAGAUCAAUAUAAUCAGGGACGUCACGGACAAAUGCUCUAG